AUGUCCGAGAAAGCAUCUAUGAUUCUCGAAGCAGAAACUCCAUUAAGCCCAGCAGAAUUACAAGUUCUCAAAAAGCAGUUUGAAAGAGAAGGAGAGUAUGUAACCACACAAACCAAAUUCAACUAUGCAUGGGGUUUGGUCAAGUCAAGGCAAUCUGAUCAGAUCGCACUUGCACUCACUCUAUUGACAGAAAUCUACACCGAGUGUCCAAAUAGACGACGAGAGUGCCUUUAUUAUCUUGCUUUGGGACAUUAUAAGAUAUCCAACUUUAACGAGGCUCGUCAGUUCAAUAGUCAGUUGUUGAAACUAGAGCCUAGAAAUGAACAAGCAUUGGAGCUACAGAGAUUGAUUGAUGAGAAACUAUCAAGAGAGGGUGUGAUAGGAUUGGCUAUUAUCAGUAGUGUUGUUGCUGUGGGAGCUGCAUUGGUUGCAACAAUUAUUAAGAGAAAGUAAUGUACAUACAUAUGUAUAUACACACACACACACUAGUAUAUAUAAAAUAAAUAUAAAUAUAAAAUAGCAGCUGUAGUGAUUGGACCAUCGGAGCAAGUUCAGUUAUUGUGAAAAUAAAAUAAAAUAAAAUAUAUAUAUAAUAUAUUUAUAUUUAUAUCU